AUGGCCGACUACAAUUCCCUCUAUCAGCACGGUCUUUACCUGUCGCCAGAUCAGCAAGAUCUCCUCCUCGCUGCUCUCUCUUCCAACAAUCCGCCCGCAAAACAGCAAAAUAAUUCCCACCCCCCGGCUUCCAAGUCAGACCCCGAGUCUACCCCUGCAACCACAGGUAGUUACAAUAUGAGUCCUGCGUUCGACCCCUCUAACCCUCACUCGGGUGGCCUGGGUUAUGGCGAUGAUGAAAGUCCCUUCCUGGACUUCAACCCCGAACUGGAUUUUGACUUUCAAGGCUCCGAGAACUUGAUUGGUGAUCUUCCCGAGAGCCUGCCGCAAUCGGAGGAACCCGAGCCGGGAGAGAAGAGGAAGGACAUCGAUGGCGAUGCGGAUGAGAAUGAAGCUUCUGGCAAGAAGCGAAGAGAAAGCGAUGAAAAGGCGGCAAAGAAGCCAGGAAGGAAGCCCUUGACUUCCGAGCCAACCUCGAAGCGGAAGGCACAGAACCGGGCUGCGCAGCGAGCGUUCCGUGAACGCAAGGAGAAACACUUGAAGGAUCUGGAAACGAAGGUAGAUGAGCUGCAGAAGGCUUCUGACAACGCGAACCAGGAAAAUGGGUUGCUCCGUGCUCAAAUCGACCGCCUGCAAGUCGAAUUGAAAGAGUAUCGCAAGCGUCUCUCCUGGCUGACCACGGGAACUGGUGUCUCUGCCAUGAAUGCCAUCCCCGGAGCCUAUCCCAACAAGGGAUCGUAUGGCCUUCAGAACAAUGAUUUCAUGUUUGACUUCCCCAAAUUCGGGGAUCUUCCGGGCUCCCACAUUUUCAAUAACGGCCAAUUGUCCAAGGCGCAGCAGAGUGCUAAAGGAGAGCCAUCAACAGCAACGUCGCGUAAUGACUCCCGUGUGCCCGGUGUUGUGAGCCGUAACUCUCUGAGCAGUGCUCAGUCCAACGGUGCGCCCGCGGGCAGGACUCCCAGCUCCGUGUCCCACCAGGGUUCCACUCCUGCGUCCACGAGGAAGUCCACUCCGAAGGUGUCCUUAUACAACGGCACGGCUCAAUCCACCUCUACGCAUGAUUCCUCAACAACUGACUCGCCAUCCUCCUCGUCCGAUUCCCACCAGAGCCAGAGUCUUUCGUCCAACGGCACAUCCCCAGAACCCACUAUUAAUUCUCCUGCUACUAAGGCUCAUCACCACCACGGUGCUCAUGAUGGCUGCACUUAUACCACCAUCGAUGCCGUCCGGCAUAACAGCCAAAGCGCAUCAAAUACCCCUAAUCAGGAGGCUCCCCACGAGGAUGUUGCGGGUCUAGAUACGCUCGCUCAGCAGAACGGUGGCCAGUUCGAUCCCGUUCUCUUCGGAGACUGGCGUGAGCCUCAGGAUGCAAUCCUGUCUCAGGACUUUGGAACAUUCUUUGACGAUGCCUUCCCCCUGCCCGAUCUGGGAAGCCCUUCACACAACCUCACGGAAGCGGCCACCCAACAACCGCCGAAGAAAGACUUGAUCGCAGAGAUCGACAGCAAGUUGGAUGAAGAGGUUGUGCCUGGAGAAGAUAAGUCUCAGAUGCUGAGUUGCACGAAGAUAUGGGAUCGUCUGCAAUCCAUGGAGAGAUUCCGCAACGGAGAGCUCGAUGUCGAUCAUCUUUGCUCCGAACUACGCAUGAAGGCGCGGUGUUCGGAGGGCGGUGUGGUCGUCAACCAGCAAGAUGUUGACGACAUCAUGGGGCGGGCGAAAUAG